CUAUAACUUAAACAUAUUUUGCCUACACACUGAUAAAAAACUGUUUAUGUAUGCAAAGUAUGGAGACCUAAUCUGACAGUUUUGUCCGAGAGCACACCGUCAUCGGCAUCUGAUGGCUCUUUAACAAGCCUUUGCUGGUCCUGAGAGGGUUCGGUCACGUGCCAAGAUACGCCAGCAGUACCUCUGUUGGGUUACCGGCAAGUGACCGGUCACUGGUUGUCCCGCCGUCUCUCCGUGACUCCCCUUUAUGGACGUAUAAAAGAGAAAAGAAGAUGUCACACCGCUGAGUGUAGCGGGAAGAUGCUUGCGCUCAGUUUGCUGUUGCUGACGGUAGUCGGUGAAGCUGCGACUGACCUUUAUGUGACAGAAGCAUCGCUUCAACAUGAGCUCGGGCUCAGUGCGUCGCCGCCGUUGCCUUCCCCGACUGCCUCCCGUUUUAAACCCGAGGAGUACGGUUCGCCCGGGAUUGCCUUGGCGAGGACUGCAGAGGAACCGUCCUCAACGACGGAAGACGGAGACUCGUCGCAUCAUCACGGAGGCGGUUAUAAAAUAGUGCAGUGGGAAUGGAGCUACGUUCAGACACCUUUCAUUAUCGCUAUCUGGCUCCUGGUGGCCAGUGUGGCGAAAAUCCUGUUCCACUUCUCCCAGCGCUUCACCACCGUGGUCCCAGAGAGCUGCAUGCUGAUCCUGCUGGGCCUGGUCCUGGGCGGCAUCGUCCUCAUCGCCAGUAAGAGGUCCCUGUACCAGCUGGACCCAGGCCUGUUCUUCCUCUUCCUGCUGCCCACCAUCGUGGGCGACGCCGGGUACUUCAUGCCCUCCAGGCUCUUCUUCGACAACCUAGGGGCCAUCUUGUUGUACGCGGUGGUCGGGACCCUUUGGAACGCCUUCUGUACCGGGUUCUGCCUCUACGGGAUGAAGAUGCUCGGGGUCAUAGAUGAGAAGGUUGAGGGCGGGCUGAUGGAGUUCCUGCUGUUCGGGGCUCUGAUCUCGGCCGUGGACCCUGUGGCUGUGCUGGCCGUCUUUGAGGAGGUCCACGUCAACGAGACGCUCUUCAUCAUCGUCUUCGGCGAGUCGCUGCUCAACGACGCCGUCACCGUGGGUGGCAAUGUGCUGACCUCCGCCAGGCUUUCUCUGCCCUCCAUGGCCAGUAGGACAUCCUUUCCAGAAGUCACCAAUGUCACCAACUACUUAAGGGAGAAUGGCAGCGGUGUGUGUCUGGACCUCCAGGUGAUUGACAACGUUCCCGGCGCCAAAGUAGAGGAGGAGUCAGAGACGCAUCACUUCCUGGCUGGGAACCUCUAUAAGCCCAGGAGAAGGCACCAGUCCCACUACAGCCGACACUUCAUGACGCUGGGCGAUAAGGAGCGCCAGGACAGGGAGAUCUUCCAGAGGAACAUGAAGAGCCGGAUGGAGACGUUCAAGACGACUCGGCACAAACGCCACAAGAAGGACCGCAGCCAGAAGAAGCGGAGAGGGUCAGACGUGAAAGGGGAGGACAUGAACGACAAACCUCGACGGAAUGUCAGCUGGCAAGACAAAGACCCAGUGGUGGUGCCGGUGGACUCAGAGGAGGAGAAGGGAAACCACUCUGAACCAGAGAAGGAGGAGGACGAGGGGAUCACCUUUGUGGCCGGCAAAGCUGCAGAGACACAGAGAGAACGGCCCAAAUCAGUUCCGUCUUCCCUAGAGGCGUGUCAUAGCCCCUCGGUGGCCACACCCCCCUCCCCCACCUGUGGGGAAGAGCACCUGCCCUGGAAGGGGGGCGUGGGCACCCUGCCUGUCUGCGUGUCCAUGGAGGCCACCAAGAUCAUCCCCAUAGACCUGCAGCAGGCCUGGAACCAAAGCAUCUCCUCCCUGGAGAGCCUGGCCUCCCCUCCGGUCCCGGCCGAGCCCAUCCACCCCAGAGUCAGUGCCCUGUCCAGGCUGGGAGCCCAGCGGCCGGCCUCCUACACGGGGCCGGUGGGGGUGGGCUCUGGAGGGUCUGUAGGUGGAUCUGUCGGGGCCAAUGUGGUCCAGGGCUCCGUUUGCUUCCAAUUCCCGGAGAAAGAUGAUGAGGAGGGGGCCCUUUCCGAGGAGCAGCAGGAGAUGCAACCUCUCAUGUCGGCCACCCUGAGGCCCCCCGGACCCCCUCCGCCCCCGCCUCCAAUGUCCCAGGGUUCAGGGAAGAGGAGGAACCCCUGUGUGUACCUGAGGAGUCUGGUCACAGCGCCACCUCCUGGUAGCGAACCACAUAGCAGGGGCCCAACUCAGUUGUAAUAACGACCCCUGGCCACAUUCAACAUGUUUCAAAUCCAGUUUCCCAUAAGGACAGGGUUAUGUUCAGUCUUUUUAACAUUUUAAUUGUAUCUCUGCGAGGGCACAAGGUAGAAGUGAGCCUAGAUCAAUCUUCAAGCCCUUCCACUGUCUCCUACACUACCCCUCCCCCCUUCCCCGCCCCCCACACACACACACUCUAAAAAUAUAAACCCACAAAUUCACAUGCAUGAAUGUACACACACACGGACAAUCACACACACAAACGCAGCCGGUCCAGCUCAGACCAUCCAGCCCAGCUGCUCUGUUUCCAGUCAGCUCAGAUGAAGAGUGGCAACUCUCAUCCGCUAGUCCUGCUUUGGUCCGCAGAACAACACAGGCUGCUGUACACACAGGAUGAGCCUAUGAAUAAAUACAGAAUGUCCGGCCAACAUCGAUACAUGACCGGCCAACAUCAGUACAUGACGGGACAGAGGGGUUGAUGUGGCAGUUGGUUCAGUCACAAACAAUGCAUAUCAGUGAAUGUGGGAAGAGGGAGUUUUUCCACAUUUUAUAUUUCCCCUGCUGUCUUUAAUGCUCUGUUUUAUACAGUUGAAUGUAAGUUAAUGUCAAGAUGUAAGCCUAUUGAAAAUAUCUGUCUAGACCAGAUUACCCAGGCCUUGUGGGGUGUGUCCAUCAUGCUUCACGGACUCUAUUCAGUUGCCCUGAACACAUGCACACUCACAUGCGCACACUCCAGGAAUCACAAGAAAAGAAAAAGCCACAAGGAGAAGAAAAAAAAAAAAAGCGAUCUUGGAAGAACCUUCAUCCAGUAAAUGGUGAUGCCUAACAGCUUAACUUUAUUCUUUAACUUUGGCAUGCCCGUCUAAAACAAAACAAAAGGCCUGAGAGAAUCAGGCUGGCCAGCCCUUGCUGUGAAUAUCCUGAAAGCCGAGAGGGGAGAGAGGACUGAAAGCACUCAAUACCCCAGCAAUGGUACUGAAACCCCCUAGUAGAGAUGACAGGCAUGAAAGUAUCUUUAAUUUCAUAAACUACCUUCAAACUAGUCCUGAAAGGCUUGUUGAUUUACUUAAAUCCCAUCUGUAAUAAUGUAUGAGAUUUAUUUAACAGAUACUUUCAUCCAAAGCAAGUAGCCUACAUUUGAACCUGUGACCUGUUGAUCUGCAGUCGAAUGCUCUGUCACUGAACUAUGCCUAUCCCCCUAAAUACAGGGUUUCCUUAGGGAGCUGCCGUUUUGAAUAUGAUGUAUCACAAAAAAAGCUGCAUGAUCUCUUUAACACACUAGUUUAAAGUGACAGGUAAUUACUUAGAGUAUUCACGGGGAUAUCUGCUUCUCUCAUCAUGUACAGUACAUAAACAGUCAGCUAUCCAUACUCCCAUUUAAAGUGACUUGAAAGUAGCACUUUAAUGCUUCUAUGACUGUCUUUUAUUUUCUGUGUUGGAACAAAUGCAGCCAUAUAUAAACGCGUGUAACUCAUUUUCUAUUUAUUCCGCUUCUCUUAUAUCUACUAAAGACAAUUUUUGUAAGGCUUCACCAGGAACUCGCAAAGCUACAAAAUAAUUGUUUUUAAAUGACCAAAGUGUAAGAGCAAAAUUUAUAUAUGACAAUGUGUGUUAUUCUGUCUUUCAUUGCCUUACUCUGUUCUGUCUAUAUAACUGUGUGUUAGUGAGUGAUUGGUGAUGAUUAUGAUAAAGGGUCAAAUGUGCUUUUGUUAUGAAGAGGACGGACACUUGUCAAAGGUGAUAUAGUGCCUAAUCAAAUAUUGAUCAUGAAACAAAUAUAAAGUUUUACAGGAGUGCCGCAGAUGUAAUGUCUUAAACUUGACACUUUUAGACAGACCGAGCAAUCUCUGUACUAUCAAGAUCCUCACAGAAGAGGUGAAAUA